AUGUCAGCAAAAAGAAAUAGUAUAUUUGGUCCUCAGCCAACUCGGCACACAUUCAAUUUGGGUUUUGCUGAAAAUGAUGUACCGCAAUUAUUUUGUCAAUUGGAUGUACUCCGUCGAUCAGAAGAAGCUGAUUUUGCUUAUUGGAAAGAGAAAGCACGUUGGGUACGUUUUGAAGAAAUAGCAGAAAAUGUUCUUGGUCGUUGGUCAAAACCUCAUGUAGCAACAUUAAUGCAAACAGCUCUAUUAGAUUUAAAAAAUUUAUUAACUAAUGGAGUUAUUCUUCUUAAUGUACAAGGAACUGAUUUAACAGCACUUUCACAAACAAUUGCUCAAGCACUUAUUGAUUCAAAUUAUCUUGAUGAUGUAGAUAAAGCUCAAAAAGUUGCUUGCAUUCUUGGUUUACCACAUUUUCAUCAUCACGAAAAACGUUCCGUUAUGAAAACUGCAAGUUCAGUUAGUUUAAGUAAACAAAGUCUUCAUCCAAGUCCAAGUUUUGUUAUUAAUCAUCUUUUACGACGAGAUGAUGAAAUUGAUAAUUCACAAGAUAUGUCAGCACCACAUUUAAUUAGUAAACCAUCAACUCAUGAUAUGACAUUAACCGAACAUAAUGAAACAAAUGGUGCAACAGUACCAUCGGCCAAGGAUUAUAAUAUAAAAUUACAACGAAAAUUAGGUCGUAAAACUGAAGGUGCAUCUAUAUUAAUAUGUCCAGUGGAUUUUGUUCGAGAAUCAACAGUUGUAUUUCUUCGUGUUGAAAAUGCUAUUGAAUUAUUAGGAAUGCUUGAAAUAAAACUUUAUUCACGUUUUAUCGUUCUUUUAAUUGGACCUGAAGAAAAUGAAAAACAAUUAUUACAAGUUGGACGAACAAUGGCAGCUAUAUUAACUGAUGAUAUAUGCAGAGAAUUUGCUUAUACAUCAAAAGAUUCUCAAGGUAUUUUGGACAUGAUGGAUAGAUUUAUGCAAGAUACAUAUGUUCUUCCACCAUCUGAAUGGGAUCCAACAAUUCGUAUUGAACCACCAUCACAAUAUAUGAGCAAAGAACAACGACAAGCUCAAGUACCAGCAGAAAAAGUAGGACAAGUUGAGGAGAUUGAUUUAACUCCUCAUACAGAUCCAAAUUUAAAAGCAUCGAAAAAGCCAUUUCAUGGUCUUUUCGUCGAUAUUAAAAAUAAAUUACCAUUUUUUGUAUCAGAUUUUACUGAUUGUGCUAGUUUACAAUGUAUAGCGGCUACACUUUAUUUAUAUCUUGUAUGUCUUUGUUCAGUUGUUGCUUUUGGUGGUAUGCUUGGAGCAGCAACAAACAAUUAUAUGGCUACAAUGGAAUGCAUUCUUUCAGCUUCAUUAAGUGGUGUUAUAUAUGCUUUAUUUUCUGGUCAACCGUUAAAUAUUCUUUCAGCAACUGGUCCUAUGUUAAUCUUAGAACGUAUAUUAAAACAUAUGUGCAGUGAUCAUAAGCUCGAUUUUCUUGAAUUUCGUUUAUGGAUUGGUGUUUGGAUAUUUGUACUUUUAUUUAUAUUUGUUGUAUUUAAUUUAAGUUUUCUUGUUAAAUAUAUAACACGUUUUACUGAAGAUUGUUUUGCAUCAUUAGUUGCAACAAUAUUUAUCUAUGAUGCUUUACGUGAAAUUUUGAAAAUUCGUCAAACAUAUCUAGUUAAUUAUGCACCAAAUAAUGUAUUAAAUUAUACAUGUUCAUGCGUAAAUAUUACUUCACAUUAUACUAAAACAAAACUUAAUGAAACAAAUAUGAUUGAUUAUUUAUUACAUGCAACAACUUUAAAUGAAACACUUCGAUCUGCAUGUAUACAAGUAAAUGGUUCUCUUGUUGGUCCAGGUUGCUCAACACCUGUUUAUUAUGCUGAUAUAUUCUUUUAUUCUUUAAUUUUAUUUAUUGUUACAUUUUUUAUUUGUAUGAGUUUACAAGAAUUUCGUCAUAGUGCAUUUUUUCCAAGCAAGAUUCGAACGAUUCUUGGAGAUUUUUCUGUCUUAAUCGCUAUUGUAUUAAUGUCAGGAUGGGAUGCAUAUUUACAUUUAAAUACACCAAAAUUACAAGUACCAAAAGAAUUUAAACCAACAUUGCCAAGUGAACGUGGAUGGAUAAUACCAUUUUUUGGUAAAAAUGCUCUAUGGACAAUACCAGUAGCAAUAGUUCCAGCAUUAAUAGCAACAAUACUUAUAUUUAUGGAUCAGCAAAUAACAGCUGUGAUCAUAAAUCGAAAAGAAUUUAAAUUAAAAAAAAAACUUGGUUAUCAUCUUGAUUUAUUUAUUUUAUCUAUUACAGUAUUUGUACAAUCCUUACUUGGUUUACCAUGGUUCGUAGCAGCUACAGUUUUAGCUUUAACACAUGUUAAUGCAUUAAAAAUUAUGAGUGAAAAUACAGCACCAGGAGAAAAACCAAGAUUUGAAGGAAUUAUUGAACAACGUGUUAGUGCUCUUUUAAUGGCUAUUUUAACUGGUCUGAGUGUAUUCUUCACUAAUGUUUUAGGCGUAUGUAUUUUAAAAGUUAUUCAUUGCUAA